GGAGGGCGCGGCGCUACGGCCGCGGGAAGAUGGCGGCAGCUGCGGGUGCUGCGGCGGCGGAGCAGCAAAGUUCCAAUGGUCCUGUAAAGAAGUCUAUGCGGGAGAAGGCUGUUGAGAGAAGGAAUGUUAAUAAAGAGCACAAUAGUAACUUUAAAGCCGGAUAUAUUCCAAUUGAUGAAGAUCGUCUCCAUAAAACAGGAUUGAGAGGGAGAAAGGGCAAUUUAGCCAUCUGUGUGAUUAUCCUCCUGUUUAUCCUGGCUGUCAUCAAUUUAAUUAUCACUCUUGUUAUCUGGGCUGUGAUUCGCAUUGGACCAAAUGGCUGUGACAGCAUGGAGUUUCAUGAAAGUGGCCUGCUUCGAUUUAAGCAAGUAUCUGACAUGGGAGUUAUACAUCCUCUUUAUAAGAGCACAGUAGGAGGAAGACGAAAUGAAAAUUUGGUCAUCACUGGUAACAACCAGCCUAUUGUUUUUCAGCAAGGGACAACGAAGCUCAGUGUAGAAAAGAACAAAACCUCCAUUACUAGUGACAUUGGUAUGCAGUUUUUCGACCCAAGGACUCAAAAUAUUUUAUUCAGCACAGACUAUGAAACUCAUGAGUUUCAACUGCCGAGUGGAGUAAAAAGUUUGAAUGUUCAAAAAGCAUCUACUGAAAGGAUUACCAGCAAUGCUACUAGUGAUUUAAAUAUAAAAGUUGAUGGACGUGCUAUUGUGCGUGGAAAUGAAGGAGUAUUCAUUAUGGGCAAAACCAUUGAAUUUCAUAUGGGUGGUAAUAUGGAAUUAAAGGCUGAAAACAGCAUCAUCCUAAAUGGAACUGUGAUGGUCAGCACAACUCGCCUGCCCAGCUCCUUCACUGGAGACCAGUUCAGUAAUGGUGACUGGGUGCGCUACAAGCUCUGUAUGUGUGCUGACGGGACUCUCUUCAAAGUACAAGUUACAAGCCAGAACAUGGGCUGCCAAAUCUCAGACAAUCCCUGUGGAAACACUCAUUAGAACCCUGGAGGUCAUCAAUAUGUUCAUAUCUUGACUCAGUUUUUUUUUAAGAGUAUGCAUGCAAGUCAUUGUUCUUUCAGAGUUUGUGAUAACUCAUUGUAAUUAUUUUAUCUGCAGAACACUAUUAUGUUAUCUCCAUAUUUAAAAUAUUCUGAGAGCCUAAAUUCUAAUACAUUUUAUUAAGCUGCAUUGAUCUUUAAAUUAGUUCUCUAAAAUAAUUAUGAGAAAUGAGUUAAAAAAAAAAAAAAAAA